AUGACAGAGGUUGAUUUUGUCGAAAACGUGCUUCUCGCCUUACAGGGGAAUACAAUAACGAAAUUAGAAGAUGAAUUAUUGGAAGAAACUCCCUUAGAGCCACAAGAAAUUGCUCAACUUGUACCUGCCUUAAGAGAUGCUCUUAAAGGCUCUCAACAACAAGUUUCAUAUGUAGCGCUUAUUUGUCUGAACCCUUUUAUAUCUUUAAUAGCUGAAACACAUCCAACAUUUUUUAAGAAUGUUGUUAUAACUUUUGCAGCGGCUGUUAUAGAUAAGUUAGGUGAUACUAGAGACAAAGCAAGAGAUGCAGCAUUAAAUGUUUUAUUGACAAUGUGGAUUUCAGCGGCCAGUAGUGGUAGUGUAAUCACGACACCAUUAGCGACCAUAAUCAAAGAAACGGCCUUUGGGCAUAAACAGUGGAGAGCUCGCGAACAGAUUUUACAAUGGAUAGUAAAUUGUACUAGAAGAGUUUCGGAUUUUUCCAUAAAACAAUGGUUACCAUAUAUGGUAAAAUUAUUGGAAGAUCCUCAUGAGCAAGUGAGAGAAACUGCAAAAGAUAGAAUAGUUUUACUUUUCAGUGGCGCAGCAGCACACGCUAAGUUAGAUCUUAAACGUGAACUCGAGAAGCAUUCUGUGCGUGCUGCAAUAACAGAAUAUAUUUUAUCAAAAAUGGGCUCUAAUUAUGGUGAGGCGAAUGACAUAGAUAAUCUUCCAGAUAAUAUGACAGAGCCUAUAGAGGAAGAUUAUAUGAACGUUGGUACCCAGAAUGAAGAAACAUCAAGACAAGUAGAAGCUAUUAGGCCUUCUAGUUCAGCAGAUGAUAUUGGAGUAAUACGUAUCGAAAGUGCAAAAGAAUUGGAAAAAGAAUUUCAAAAUUUAUUGACACCAUUCUCAGGAAAAGAAUCUGAACAAAAUUGGUUAAUUCGUGAGAAAAAUAUUAAUAAAUUGAGAUCUUUAACAAGAGGAGAUGCAGCAUCACAAUAUCCAGAUGCAUUCAUGAAUGGUUUGAAAUUAAUUAUGGGUGGUAUUCUUACAUCACUCACAAGUUUACGUACAACGCUUACUUUAGCUGCAAGUGGAUUAAUUAAAGAUUUAGUUUCACACCUUGGAACAACAAUGGACCCUUUCGCAGAUAAUUUGCUUGCAAAUUUAUUAAAAAUGGUUCAAUCAACAAAAAAAAUAGUAGCACAAGCUGCUACAAACUCCACAAAUGCUUUAUUCCAAUAUUGUUCAUACCAUACUAGGCUUGUUACCCAACUUUGGCAUGCAAUGGAAGAAAAGAAUAUUCAAUUACGAACUUCUACUAUCGGGUUUGUGAAAAUAGUUAUUCAAACACAUGCUGAUCGAAGGGACACAAUGGAACGAACUGGUGGUGUUGAAUCACUAGAAAAAUGUGUCCGAAAGGGCUUAACUGAUGCUGCACCUAAAGUGAGAGAAGGAUGUCGCGAAGUAUUUUGGACAUUUUUUGAAGUCUGGCCAGAAAGAGGAGAAAAACGAUCAAUUACACCUGCUCCAAAAAAUCGAGCUAGAUCUUCGAGUAUUGGUAAAUCAAGACGAUCUAGUAUUCCACGUUCUGAUAGUGGUGCAAGUGAUAAUUAUUCAAUGUCGGUCGAUUCUCCGAAGUCGCAUAUCAAAUCGCCAGUAAGUAAUCCAUCUACUUUACGUUCGAAAUCGCCCGCACCACCCUCCAUGAGAAGUAAAUCCACAACAUCAAAAUCACCCAUGAAGCCAUCACCAAACAAAAAUGGUUCACCUAAUGCAACACAGAUACAGCCUAGAAAACUGACAAUUGUUGAACAAUUAGAACAUAGUGACUGGACUACUCGAGUUGAAGGACUUUUCAAUGUGGCUCAAUUUGUAGUAAAAAGGUCAUUAGAGCCACCUUCAGCAAACAAACCAGGAUAUGAUUUCAAAAAAACGCCACUUCCUCCAGAUGAAGAAUUGGGUCCAAUAUUACUUAAUAUGUUGAAUGAUCAAAAUCCUAAGGUUAUUGAAAACUUUUUGGCACCUAACGUUAUUACCGAAAUGGCAAGGGUGAUUCGUCUCGAAAACCUAAUACCAAGACUUAUAUUAUUUGCUAAUGAUGAUGAUAAGUCGGAACAAUCAAUUAUAAUUCAAAAUCUUUUUCCUGGAGUGAAGAAUGCUAUCGGAACUGAACAUGCUCUUUUGGGUUUAAAUAAAUGUUUAUUAUUAUUAAACAAUUCUGGAACAACACAGAAAAAGUCAUCCUCAGGAUUUGUAUAUACACUACCACAAAAACGUAAAAUUUUAAAUGGACUUUUAGUAUGGUUUAAUGAAAUAAUUGAACCCAAAUUAGAACUAGUUGAAAAUGAUCAAGAACUUACUGGUUUUUUAGGAGAUGUAGAUAAAUACAGCCUCCUUACCAAACGACUGAUUCCACUAGUCAAUAAUACUAAGGAAACAUCAGAAAAUUACGAGCCUCUCAGUAGAUUGUUGAUAAAUCUGCAUAAACUAGAUCCCGAUGCAUUUGAAACCAUCUUAUUUUCUUUCGAAGGUAAAGUAGUAGAUUUAGUAGGUAAUAUGGUUGGUUGGGAAGAAGAACUGGAGGAAGCCGAGGAAGAAGUUUUAGCCGAAGAGCAGGCAAAAUUAAAGGAAGAACAAGAACGGGAAUGGGAACAACAGCAGCUAGAAAGGAGGUUGUAUGAAGAGCAAUUUAUUGCAGAUCAAAAGAAUCAGUUGGCAUUAUUGCAGCAACAACAACAAGAGCAAUUAGAAAAACAACAACGUGAGAGAGAAUUAAAAAAACAACGUGAACGUGAAGCACAACUACGACGUGAACGUGAAGCACAGGAACAACGUGAGCGUGAACUACAGUUGCAAAAAGAACAUGAAGAACAGCAACAACGUGAGCAUGAAUUACAGCAACAACGGUUGCGUGAGUUACAGCAGCAAAGAGAGCAGAAGCAACAAGAACGAGAAUUACAAAAACAAAAGGAGCGAGAAUUACAAAAACAAAGAGAACUUGAAUUUCAACAGCAACAACGCGAAUUUGAGCUACAGCAACAACGUGAAUUUGAGCUACAGCAACAACGUGAAUUCGAGUUACAGCAACAACGUGAACUUGAACUGCAGCAUCAACGUGAAUUAGAACUUCAAAAACAACGCGAAUUUGAAAUUCAACAACAGCGAGAAAUUGAAAUUCAACAAGAGCGCGAAUUUGAGCUUCAACAGCGUGAACUCGAAAUACAACAGCAACGCGAAGCUGAAUUACAACGACAGCGCGAAUUUGAAUUACAUCAGCAACAUGAAUAUGAAUUACAUGAGCGUGAAUACGAACGAGAAAUGCAGUCACAUUUAUACGCUCGCAGACCUCCUCCGUUGCAACUUCAAUCGUCAAAUAAAUUUUCGUCUCAAAAUUCACCACUUUCUCAAAAAAAUAUUAUCAAAGAUAAUAUUAACGAUUGGGUAGAAAAUCAAAGGGUUCCACAUUUAUCUCAAAGAGGAGAUGAUUUAAGAAACCCUAAAGAAAAGGAUAUUUUAAGGGAACAAGAAUGGGCACGAAAAAAUCGACCAAAAACAGCCGAACCUCAUUGGCUUGAUCCACGUCCAAGAGAUAUAGAUAGAGCGAGAAGAGCAAAAACCCCAACAAGAGAGAAUGAAUAUGAAAGACGAAUGUAUAGAGAAAAUGGUAAUUGGGAUGAAAGGGAAAGAAUCAAGUCCAGAGACACUGAUAUGUAUGAAAGGGAUGAUAGAGAUAGACGAGUUCCCAGAGAAUCAAGAGAACAUGAGGUAAAUGGCAGGAAUCAACGAUUCUUAAGAGAUUCUCGUGAAGAUGAACUGGAUGGAAGAGAUAGACGUCCUUUCCCUAGAGGUUCUAAUCAGAAUGAUUUUGAUGAAAGAUUAGGUGGAAAACGUUCAUUUAAAAGCUCAAAAUCACCUGAUUGGGACGAUAAAAAUGGACGACCUAUCCUCAAAGAACGGGAUAUAAGAGAUAAUGAAUGGGAUGAUGUUAGUAGUCGAUCUUCAGGAAAAGAGAGAGAUAAUGAUUGGGAAGAAAGAAGUACUCGAUCUGUACCUAGAGACUUGAGAGAUGGUGAUUUAGAUGAAAAGUUAAGUCAACAUUCUUCAAGGGAUAAGAGAGACCAAGAAUGGGAUGAUAGAAUGAAUAGGCUUCGACCAAGAGAAUCAAGGGAGAGCUUGGAAGGUAAAAAUACUAGGCCAUCGCCUAGAUUUCCCAGAGAUAAUGACUCGGAUGAAAAAAGUUUAAAGGCAUCACCGAGGGAUCCACGUAAAAAUGAUUGGGAUGAAAGAAAUCCUUAUCGUGAUAAUGGAUCUUCAAAUAACAAGGCACCCGUAAGGGGUCCUGAAUGGAGUGAUAAGGGUAGAAAUAUGUCAAGAGAUAGUGAUUGGAAUGAGAGCACAGAUAGACCCAGUGAAGCUCAUGAAGAUGAAGAUAUUAUAAGCGAAUUUGACUUAAAUCAGCCAGAGAAAUCGAAUAUCAAGACAAGGGAUCAUAAUAGUAAGCCAGUAGAUCGUGUAGUAUCGUUACCGCCACCUCCACAUGAUUUAGGAUAUCCAGAAUUUGAUGAUAAAGAUCUUGAGCUUGCAAAUUUGAAACAACUUGUAGAAAAAUUGGAUAUGGAGGAGGAAGAAGACAUAAAUGAUGAAAAUGUCCCGGAAAAUUUUACUGACAUGACAAUAAGUCGACCAGAUAGUAUUUAUAUUUCUGAAGACGUAUGGACUCAAUUAGAGAAUACAAUGAAUGGCAAAAUGAAUAAUCCUUUCUAUCUGAAUCCUGAAGAACGGUUCAAAAACGAUAAUAAUGGUGCAGAUGCAAAAUUAGCACCAAUUCAAGAAGACGAAUUGGCAGAACUGCCUGAACUGACACAUGUUGAAGAGAAAUCCAAAUCACUUGAUGAUGUGUCGUUUCAGGUAACGGAUAAUGAUCGAGUAUUACAGUCAACUGUUUCAGAAACGGUUACUGGAAAUUCUCCAAAGCCGGAAUUACCAAAUACAGAUUCAGAGAUAAUAGAAGAAACAUCUAUAACUGAUAAAAAAGUUCUUUCAUCGAUAAAUACCGAAACUAUUCCAGAAGAACCAUCUCCUACCAAUAUGCCUAUAAGUAAUGUCUCCGCAUCCGAAUUACCAUUACCUGCAUCACCAGUUUCCUCAGUGGGUAGUGGUAAUUCAAUAUCUGGUGCACGGGAUAGAGCUUUAAGAAGAGCUGAACGAUUUAAUUCUGGUUCACCUCUUCCUGGUGCUGCUCAAGAGAGACGUAUACUGCUUGCGACAUUGUUGGCACGUUUGCAUGGUUAUGAUACAGACGUCCACCUAUUUCGUAAACUUAUCAGAAUAUCUAAAGAAACACAAUUCUCAAAUAGGGAAUUGGCAGAAGAUAUAUGGGAAAAUGGCGAUCGAUUUAUUGAACUAAUGAAUGCAUUAAUAGGAUUUUUGAGUGAUUCAGAACAGCAAAAUAAUGAAUUGAGAGAAGGAGCAGUAUUGUUACUUGGACAAUUGAUUAAUAACCAACCUGAUUACACCAGGGGUCAGGAAAGAGACAUAUUACGUAUUUUAUUAGAAUGUCGGGCUGAUUCAGCGUCAAAUAUAUGUGGACAUGCAGAUGAUGCUUUGGAUAAUUAUAUUCAAAUAGUAGAUGCUAACUUCGGAUUAUAUGCAUUAAUUGAUAUAAUGGAAUCAAGUUUAUUUAACACAUUUGGAAACACAUCAUUACCUGAAAGUAACUCUCCACAAUUCGGUUCAAAGACAAGCAUGAAAGGGUCUGCAUUUGUAGUUUUAUCAAAAUUGGUUAAAAGGUUCGACAAAAGGUCAUUAGAAAGACAAGUCGGACGUGUUGUGCCAUUAGCUAUUAAGGGAUUUAGUGAUUCGAAACCUGAAAUUCGAAAAUCAGUAGUCGAUGCACUAGUUGCAAUUUAUUCAGUAAUAGGGGAUGACAAUACUUUAUUCCAGUAUCUUGGUAGUUUAAACGCGGCUCAACAAAACCUUCUAAAAUAUUAUUUUGAUAAAAGUCGAAAACAACGAAGAGCCACAUCAUCACCCGGACGAGGAUAA